UAAGCGGGAGCCGCUCCCGGCCGGGACGCGGACCCUCGGGUUUCCCGGAAGCUCUGCGCGCGGGUGGCACCACUGUGCCCGGAGCCGCCUUGGUGCCCCGGGCAUCCCCACCCCGCGGCAGGAGCUAGAAGGCUACGCGGCGGCCGAGGCCUCUGAGUGCCAGUGGUGGUGUUGUCCCUUGUCACCUGGAACCCCAUGCAGCCGGAACCCAGGCCUAGCGGGGCUGGGGCCCGCACCCGAUUCCUUCCCCUGAGGUCACAGCGCCCUGAGGGGGCAGGGGACACGGUGAUGUACGCCUCCACCGAGUGCAAAGCCGAGGUGACGCCCUCCCAGCACGGCAACCGCACCUUCAGCUACACGCUGGAGGACCACACCAAGCAGGCCUUCGGCAUUAUGAACGAGCUGCGGCUCAGCCAGCAGCUGUGUGAUGUCACACUGCAGGUCAAAUACGAGGACGCGCCAGCCGCCCAGUUCAUGGCUCACAAGGUGGUGCUGGCCUCAUCUAGCCCCGUCUUCAAGGCCAUGUUCACCAAUGGGCUACGGGAGCAGGGCAUGGAGGUGGUGUCCAUUGAGGGCAUCCACCCCAAGGUCAUGGAGCGCCUCAUUGAGUUUGCCUACACGGCCUCCAUCUCCAUGGGUGAGAAGUGCGUGCUCCACGUGAUGAACGGUGCCGUCAUGUACCAGAUCGACAGCGUCGUCCGCGCCUGCAGCGACUUCCUCGUGCAGCAGCUGGACCCCAGCAACGCCAUUGGCAUUGCCAACUUCGCGGAGCAGAUCGGCUGUGCCGAGCUGCACCAGCGCGCCCGCGAAUACAUCUAUAUGCACUUCGGAGAGGUGGCCAAGCAAGAGGAGUUCUUCAACCUGUCCCAUUGCCAGCUGGUGACGCUCAUCAGCCGAGACGAUCUGAACGUGCGCUGCGAGUCCGAGGUCUUCCACGCCUGCAUCAACUGGGUCAAGUACGACUGCGAGCAGCGGCGCUUCUACGUGCAGGCGCUGCUCCGCGCCGUGCGCUGCCACUCGCUCACACCCCACUUCCUGCAGAUGCAGCUGCAGAAGUGUGAGAUCCUGCAGUCGGACUCCCGCUGCAAGGACUACCUGGUCAAGAUCUUCCAGGAGCUCACCUUGCAUAAGCCCACGCAGGUGAUGCCCUGUCGGGCGCCCAAAGUCGGCCGGCUCAUCUACACCGCCGGCGGCUACUUCCGCCAGUCGCUCAGCUACCUGGAGGCCUACAACCCCAGUGACGGCACCUGGCUCCGACUGGCAGACCUGCAGGUGCCUCGGAGCGGCCUGGCCGGCUGCGUCGUGGGUGGGCUGCUGUAUGCUGUGGGCGGCCGGAACAACUCGCCCGACGGCAACACCGACUCCAAUGCCCUGGACUGCUAUAACCCCAUGACCAACCAGUGGUCGCCCUGUGCCCCCAUGAGUGUGCCGCGCAAUCGGAUCGGGGUUGGGGUCAUUGAUGGCCACAUCUAUGCCGUUGGUGGCUCCCAUGGCUGCAUCCACCACAACAGUGUGGAGAGGUAUGAGCCAGAGCGGGACGAGUGGCACUUGGUAGCCCCAAUGCUGACUCGAAGGAUCGGGGUAGGGGUGGCUGUCCUCAACCGUUUGCUCUAUGCCGUCGGGGGCUUCGAUGGAACAAACCGCCUCAACUCAGCCGAAUGUUACUACCCAGAGAGAGAUGAGUGGCGAAUGAUCACACCCAUGAACACCAUCCGGAGUGGGGCAGGAGUCUGUGUCUUGCACAACUGUAUCUAUGCUGCGGGGGGCUACGAUGGUCAGGACCAGCUGAACAGCGUGGAGCGCUAUGACGUCGAGACAGAAACGUGGACUUUUGUAGCUCCCAUGAAGCAUCGGCGAAGCGCCCUGGGGAUUACUGUGCACCAGGGCAGGAUCUACGUUCUCGGAGGCUACGAUGGUCACACGUUCCUCGACAGUGUGGAGUGUUACGACCCAGACACAGACACCUGGAGUGAGGUGACCCACAUGACAUCUGGCCGGAGCGGGGUGGGUGUUGCUGUCACCAUGGAGCCCUGCCGGAAGCAGAUCGACCAGCAGAACUGUACCUGUUGAGCCACUUGUGUUUCUUGGGCAAAAAAAUGGUCUGAUCGAGAGUAUUGUUGUUUUUGUACAAAAACAGGGACAAAAGAAAAGGCAGCAGUGCAAAUGCAUAUCCUCCAAGAUGGGAGGCUGAGAUGCCUCAGUGUUCAGAUGACAACUAGAAAGAAAAGAAGGCCACAGCAGAAACCCAUGAGCCUGUCAGAGUUGUCCCAGGAAUGUCCAAGAGAGCCUUCCUGGGAGGGGGGUGCAUGAAAGGCAGGCUCCCAGGAGAGAGGCCUCUGCACUCAACUACUCUGAAGAGUAGGCCUGGGUCCCAAACCAGCAGCUGCCACCUCCCUUUGGGGUGAAAACAGGUGCUGAGGUCAGGUGGGGUUUUUGUUCCUUGUGUCUUUGUGGUUGGUUCCUGGAGGCCUGGGAAGGAGCCAGCUGAGGCCUCUGGGAUGAGGCUCCUGUGGAGGUGUGGACCCCAGGGAUGGGCCUGUACAUAGAAACCACUGGAUAUCUCUGCCCUGGACAGUCAUUUUGUUGAUAAGUAACCCUAUAACUUUCCAAUGAAAAUAAAGAACUAACUAGUGUCUUCCA